CGCUCUACCCGUCGUCCGCCGCCUCGCUGCCCGGCUGGAGGACUGACGGCAGGGAGCCGGCAGAGGAGGCGGAGAGAGAAGAUGGCGGAGGCCUCGGCGGCGGCGGCGGCCGCCGUGUCCCAGCACCGCUUCUUCUGCCACAGCUGCAAGGGGGAGGUCAGCCCCAAGCUGCCGGAGUACACGUGCCCCCGGUGCGAGUCCGGCUUCAUCGAGGAAGUCACGGAGGAUUCCAGUUUCCUGGAUGGCAGCGGUGCUGAGGACGGCCCGUCGGCGCAGUUUGCGGAGCUCUGGGACCACUUGGACCACACCAUGUUCUUCCCCGACUUCAGACCCUUCCUGAGCAGCAGCUCGCUGGACCAAGACGGCAGGGACAACGAGCGGGGCCACCAGGCCCACGCCGACCUCUGGGGGCCGAGCCGGCCGCCGCGGUUGCCCAUGGCGCGGAGGUACCGCUCCCGGGGCAGCUCGCGCCCCGACCGCUCCCCGGCCAUCGAGGGAAUCAUCCAGCAGAUCUUUGCGGGCUUCUUCGCCAACUCAGCCAUUCCCGGCUCGCAGCACCCGUUUUCCUGGAGCGGGAUGCUGCACUCCAACCCCGGGGACUACGCGUGGGGACAGAGCGGCCUCGACGCCAUCGUCACCCAGCUCCUGGGGCAGCUGGAGAACACGGGCCCCCCCCCGGCCGACAAAGAGAAGAUCUGCGCUCUGCCGACGGUGGCGGUCACUCAGGAACAAGUCG